AUGAUAGCCCAUUCGCAGCUCGCCCCGUUGCCCAGCGAGCUGCCCUUUCGAAUCGUCUCAAAGACGAUCGGGCAAGGUGCAUAUGCUUGCAUCAAGAAAGCAGCACCACUCCAUACUCCGAAGCCCAUCUUCGCAGUCAAAUUCAUUCACAAGGAAUUUGCUGUCCGACAUGGUCGUCUCACUAAGAAGCAGCUCGAUCUGGAGAUAAAUCUUCAUCAAUUCCUUGGCCAACACAGAAACAUUGUGCAAUUCUUUCAAGCAGGCGAGGACUUCACCUGGCGAUGGAUAGCCAUGGAGUUGGCUGAGGGCGGCGACCUCUUCGACAAGAUUGAGUCUGACGUCGGAGUCGGCGAGGACGUUGCGCAUCUGUACUUCACGCAGCUCGUUAGUGCUGUGACCUACAUGCACUCCAAAGGUGUAGGCCAUCGGGAUCUCAAGCCAGAAAACAUCCUUUUAUCUGCAGAAGGUAAUUUGAAGAUCGCCGAUUUCGGUCUGGCAACUCUUUUCGAAUACAAAGGGGAGAAAAAGUUGUGUAAAACGUGUUGUGGUAGUCCACCAUACACUGCGCCAGAGGUCGUGAACUGCGACAAUAGACUUGCGAAGAAGCUCGAUCAUGGUUACCAAGGCGAUUACGUCGACAUCUGGUCUUGCGGCGUUGUUCUCUUCGUUCUACUAGUCGGUAAUACGCCCUGGGACGAGCCAUUGGAUAGAAGCUAUGAAUUUGAUCAAUAUGUCAAGACGAAUGGCCGACCUGACGACGAAUUAUGGCACAAUCUGCCUGUAGAAACUCUCUCACUUCUACGAGGCAUGAUGCGGGUCAAUCCGAAGGAGCGUUUCUCGUUGGCGGAAAUCCGUCGCCAUCCUUGGUUCACAAGGGAGAACAAAUUUCUCAGCUCGGACGGCAAGAUCGCGAAUCCACUAGCCUUAGCAACGCAGAUGUUCGAAAGCAUGAAGAUAGACUUUUCUCAAGAUCCGUUGGCUUCACAGACCCAGCGCAGCCAAAGCUUUGAAGAUGCAAUGGAUGUCGACAGCCAGGAUGUGACGAUAAAGCUCUCUUCAACGCAGCCGGAGACUCCAACCAACGACAUCAUGUUCGAUUGGGAGCGGCCUCCACGUGUUACUGCUAGUAACAGUGUAUCAGCUAGUCAACCAAGCAUCGUCAACGGUGUUUCCAUGAGUGAAAGCAUUUGGGACGACCGAUUAGCAGAGGAACCAUCCUUCUCUCAAUUCUCAGCUAGUCCUCAGGUACCGCUAAGCAAGACGCAGUUCGCUCGUCAAUUCCGAGACAUCGUACCCUCACACUCCCUCACACGUUUCUUUUCCCUUUGGCCACUUGCCCGUCUUCAUGCAGCUAUUGCAGAUGCUCUGCACAGCCUCGGCGUCCCGACUCCGGCUUCACCGCUUGCCGCAUCCUCAGCAACGAUUUCAUCAGUAUGGAUCAAGAUCAGGGCAACAGAUACGAGGCAUUGCCCACUGACUGGCGACGUGGCGAUUGAGAAAAUGGCGGGCAUUGAUGCUCAUUUGAUAGAGAUCAAUUUUGUGAAAGCCAAAGGAGAUCCAGUGGAAUGGAGAAGGUUCUUCAAAAAGGUCGUUGUGCUCUGCAAGGAUGCCGUGUACAAGCCAGAUGAGCAGAGGGUAAUGCUCUCACAAUAA